AAAAAUUUCAAAAUUUAAUCAUUACUAAAUUUAACUAAUCAAAAUUUUUAAAACCUAUGGAUACAAUUCAUCAAUGAAAAGAAUUUAAUAUUUUCAUUUCGAGAUCCGCUGAUGAAAGUAUUUUAUGUUUUUGUGAAAGACAACUCCAUGAAAAAUACAGAUUUAAUAACUGAACUGGCGUUAAAAAAUAAAAUCCUUUCGACCUUUCAACAAAGCUUCAUCAGGAUGGGUGGUCCAACGACAGCUGAAGGUCAAACCUAUUGCCUUCGAUGGAACAAUCACAAAUCAAAUUUAGUUGAAAUUCUGGACGCGCUCAUUAAAAUAGAAAGUUAUGUAGAUUGCACGAUUGUUGUUGAUAAUCAAGUGCACUUUAAGGCGCAUCGUGUUGUUUUGGCAGCAAAUUCUCCAUAUUUUCAAUCAAUCUUGCAAGAUGUUCCUAUGGAUCAUUGCAGCAUUUUGUUUCCUGGAGUUCAAGCAUUUGAAAUGCGAGCACUUUUGGAGUAUAUGUAUACCGGAGAAGUAAAUGUAACACAAAGUCAAAUUCCAAAGAUUAUGAAAAUAGCGGAACAACUGGAAGUAAAGGGUCUCUUUGACAUGGCUGAUUUAAAGGAAAAGUUCAAUAAAUUUGAAGAAAGUGGUAACAGUCCUUAUGCGUCUACAACUGCGGCGUCUGGUUCAAUUGCCGCUCCUUCUUCUUCUUUUCCCAAUCACUCACACGAUCAUCAUUCAGCAAAUGGAAAAGAAUCGAAUGAAGCUCUUAACUCGUCGCCAAUCAUUACAACGUCUACAAAUAUUAGUCCAUCUGCUGCACCAACAAGUAGUUCAUCACCAACAUAUUCCUAUAAAUCGGUGUAUCCGAAUAUAUAUUCUAAAAGCCCGCAGCCUGCUCCCUUCACCAUGGAUCGUCAUUCUUCUUGGCCAAUAUCACCAGUGCCAAAUUCACAACCAAAUACCGUUUCUAUGUUGAGUUCUGUUUAUGAUGCUGCCUCUGAUAUGAAUCCUUUGAAACGCAAAAAGUUAUCAUCAAUAUCAAGUAUGUUAAUGAACCGAGACACACCAAUCUUGCGAAAUGUACUGGCUCAAUCACAUUCUGCAGAUUCAUCACAGCCUAUGCCAUUAGUUUGUCAACCAGUUAAAUGUGAAAAGUCUGAAAAAGUAUCACAAGCUACUGCAACCGGAGUAAAUUAUUGCAAUGGAAUGGAAUAUAAUGAUAAGAAAUUGAAAUACGAUGAACCACAUUCUCCUUACACCGAUAGAUCUUACGAUGAUGAUGGCCUUGAUAGCCCCCAAACUUAUUCGGGAGAAAAUCGUCAAGGCUCUUUCGGGUCUCAACAACAACAGAAACCCGAAUGGAAACGUUACAAACAAUACACUCGUAGCGAUAUUUUACAAGCAAUUGAGUGUGUUCGUAGUGGUAUGAGUGCUUUGCAGGCCUCACGUAAAUUUGGUGUGCCCUCGCGAACACUCUAUGAUAAAGUCAAGAAACUUGGCAUAACUACUGGUCGACCCAUGAAUAGGACCAUAAAACGAAGUCCAAACGGGAGUGGUGGCAGCGGUGCUGCCUACACAUACCAUCACAGCUACGGGCAGUCAGAGCCUUUGCUACCAUCAAUACAUGAUAAUGUAGAUCGAGAGAAAGACCAAGACCGUCAACUACCCCCCACAAUACCCCAUCCAGCUGCUGCUCUGCUAGAUCCUGUUUUCCUACAGCAAGCAUUUGAAAGUCGUGGAGGAGAUAUCGCGGGGCGGGAAGCUUUGCAUGCAAUGGCGUUGGCUGCAGCAGCACAUGCAGCAGUCAAUGGGAUGUCAACCAGCCCUGGAACUAAUGGAACGGCUCGAUCACCAAGUCCCAGUUUCACAUUAAAAUAUGGGAGGUCUCAAAGCCCAGCUGGUCCUCAAUAUAAUGAAAGAAACAUGUUGAUUGAACGAGAGAGAGAACGUGAUUGUGAACGUGAACAUGAGAAACGUAUUAUAGAACACGAGAUAAAGAAAGAAAGAUUUCAGGGAGAGAGAGAAGCUGAUAUCGAACACGAAGCAGAGACAUCUCGCCAAAGACAUGAGGAAGAAAAUGAUCAAGUUGAGGAUUUAUCAGUACCACGCAAAGACUCAAUUUCACCAAGCUUACAUAAGCACCAUGGGGUUAUAGUGCCGCCUAUGACCACUAAGCUAUUGGUUAAUGAUGAGUUGAUGAAUGAAAAUUCGCCCCGAGAAGUUCUUAGAGAUGAAUGUGAAUAGAAACAUUUUCUACAGUGUUUCUAUUACGUAAGGCUAUGUUCUCAGUGCAAUAGAUUUACUAAGAACCUUUCUUUUAACCUCACAUUGAUGUCAAAGUGACAUCAGGUCUAAUAUUAGACUUUCCUCAAACAUUCAGCUGUCAUGUCUCAUGUGUCAACGAAACAAAAAAAAAAAAGAUUUUUUCAAAAAUAAAAUGAAUAUAACGUCCAACGUCACUGCAAAAAAUAUUGAUAAAAUCUUGUUAAACAAAUAAUUGAAUAGACUUAGCUUUAAAAGAGGCUUAAAAAGUCAAUAAAAUUUGCUCAAUCAAAGUUUUUUUUUGGAAGAGAAAAAAAAAACAAAAGUUUAUCGGACUUACUCAAUCGGCCGAUUAAUAAUAAUAAAAAAAGACAGAAAAAUUCAGCUAAACUUAAAAAAUAGGAGGCAUACACAUAUGUAUAAUAAUUAUUUUUCAAGCAAUUUUUUCAGUGCAAACAAAAAUUUAGUAGUGUAGUUUUAAGUGUUAUUAUGCUAAAUGUAAUAAAAUUUGUUGUCAAAUCACCGAGUGCCUAAAAUUAGAAAAAAAAAAUAUUGGAAUACAUAUUAAUAUUCUGAAACGUGGAAGAUUUAGAUGUGUUAGUAAUUUUGCCAUUUUAGUUUUUUUUUAAUUAAUCCUUAUUAAAGGACAUUAUACGUAUUAUACACAGUACAACAUUUUUUGCCAUCAAUCUUUUUUAAGUUCCUAAUUUAAGGUUAAAAUAUUCAUUUUAUCUUUAUAAAAAAAUAAAAGACUGACAUUGAAAAGUUAAAUUAUAAAAAAUUAACUCUAUACUUUUUAAUUACAUAAAAGCUCAUAUUAUUCUUUAUUGGACUUAAAUAAAAAAAAACUCAAGAAAGCUACACGAAAGGACCUGAAUUAUUAAGAAAUAAAAAUAGUUGCGGUAUAAGUACCUACACUAUGUAUAAAUAUAAAUUUAUUAUAAAAGUAAAAGAAAAAACAACACAAGUGUGUAUCCAUUUAAAAAUAAAAUUUAACCUGCCAGUGAUUUGUUUUAAGAGCUACCUCUUUGGUCUCAAUUUUAGUUGUUAAAAUUUAAAGAUCAUAUUUUUAAGUCAAACAUUAAAAUACCUCAUUUCAACAAUACGUACAAAUUAUAAUUAAAUGAGUAUGUACUCUACGGCGUAAGCUCACCAUCUUAUUUUGUAAAUGGUGUUCAAUUAAUUUUCUGUUACAAGACUGAAACAUGUAUAUUAACAUUAAAUAAAUCAAAAGUUAUUGCAGUGCAAUGCAAUGUAAGUUGGCAGACUAUGAAUUUGAAAAAUAUUUUGUACAAUGUACAAAUGUUAAUGUUAAAUCAAAUAUUUUCAAAUAAGAUUUAUCAUAUUAUAAUAAAAGCUUUACUUUCGUGCUGGGGCAAUGCAAUAUGCUCUUUUAACUCUAAUUUUAAUGAAAAAAUGAGAAAUACUUGAUGAUGUAAGAAUAA